UAAGACAAUGAAGUUUAUCUAUAUGAUAAGUAUUAUUCCAGUGCUAUAACGAUCGAAAUGGAUCUACAUAUAUACUUAUUUGUGUCACAACUGUGCCUGGUUUUCUUUAUUCCAUUUGAUGUCCAAGGGCUUCUUUUAGAACCCGUCACAACACGCCAGACUGUUGCUCCAGUAUUUGCCAUUCCUCAAGACUGUCAGGAUUAUCUGUGGGAGGGAUACAGGGAGAAUAGGCUGUACACGAUUUAUCCUCAGAAGGGCGGGAGACUGGACGUGUUCUGUGACCAGCUGACGGACGGGGGAGGAUGGACCGUAAUCCAAAGAAGAACUGAUGGCUCCGAAGAUUUCUUUAGGAAUUGGACAGACUAUAAAUAUGGAUUCGGAAACAAGUCUAAUGAGUUCUGGCUUGGAAAUCAUAGAAUUUAUGAAAUUGUCAGUCAAGGUUUCUACGAGCUACGUAUAGACAUGUCUGACUUUUCGGGCCAGUCUCGUUAUGCCAUCUAUAGACGGUUUUCUAUUGGAGACGAAAGUCAAGGUUACAAGCUGACGAUAGAAGACUACAUAGGAACAGCAGGUGAUUCAAUGACAGGUCACAACGGUGUUCAAUUUUACACAAAAGACCAUGAUUCGAACAACUGCGCUGGCAGAUUCAAAGGUGGAUGGUGGUACCAUAAUUGUCACCAGGCCAACUUGAACGGAAUAUAUCUUCGAGGGACACACUCUUCCUUCGCUGAUGGAAUUGAGUGGCUAUCCUGGCAUGGUUACAACUACUCACUGAAAUUUACUGAGAUGAAGAUCAGAAGACUCUAAAACAUAAAUUUUAUGUUUAAAUAAAUCCAAAUUUAUAUUUAAACU